AUGCGGCGCGACGCGUGUUGAGCGCUGUUGCCAGGGAAGAGCGAGCGCCAUGGAGGGGGUGGUCGCAUUGUCUGUCGGGACGGUGGCGGUGUGUGAAUUUCUGCCUUCUGUCAGAAACGUUCGCUGAUCUCCUUUAAGUCUAAUUAGGGAAUGAAGCAGACCCCUUCUGGAGAUACAUUCGCGGACGUUCGUGUUAUUAGCGCGGCCCCGUUUUCUUUUCCAUUUACUUUCUGAAACGGUAAGAGCAACCUGUCCUAACUAACGUUAGCUAGAGCAAGUGCUUGUUGCGUUCAACCGGCGAGAGGCGCGGGCGAGGAGAUCGCGGAGAGAGAGGGAGAGUGACCGGCCGGUGCAGAGCCAGAGGCGGCCGAUGACUUCGGAGAGCAGCGGCCAAGCGCAACAGAAGGCGGAGGUCGAGCCGGGAUCAGUCGUCCGAGAUCAAGAGGAGAAAACCGGCGAGAAGCACGGCGGCAUGGUGACCACCAAGGGGGCUGGUCUGAAUCCCAAUGCUAAAGUGUGGCAGGAAGUGUCUGCACCAACCAGCCAGGCUCCAGAGGCAGCCACAGAGACAUGCCAUUGGCCACAAGCGGAUCAUGUCUCCACUGAGGAGAUGGAGGAAGGUUUCAAGGAGUAUAGUGUUGGCUAUGGUGACUCUGAGUCGGUCCCUGCUAUGGAGACCGGCCUGAUAAAUGGCAUUGAGUCAGUAGAACUGGCUUACCCACUUUACGAACCAGUGGAGGGUGAGACGCUUGAGGAGCCGCCUGCACUGUCUGAGGAGAGUCUUAAGGAGUCGCUGAAGAAGCAGCUGGAAUUUUGUUUCUCGAGAGAGAAUCUUUCCAAGGAUCUUUACCUGAUAUCUCAAAUGGACAGUGAUCAGUUUGUCCCUAUUUGGACCAUUGCGAGCAUGGAGGAUGUGAAACUGCUGUCUACUGAUAUGGACUUGAUACUUGAGGUGUUGCGAGCAUCUCCUAUGGUGCAGGUAGAUGAGAAGGGUGAGAAGGUACGGCCAAACCACAAGCGUUGCAUCAUCAUCCUCAGAGAGGUCCCAGAGACCACCCCUGUAGAGGAGGUGGAGGCUCUGUUUAAAAGCGAAAAGUGUCCGCAGGUCAUCAGCGUGGAAUUUGCACACAAUAACAACUGGUACAUAACAUUCCAGUCUGACACCGAUGCUCAGCAGGCUUACAGAUACUUGCGUGAGGAAGUCAAAACCUUUCAGGGCAAACCAAUUAUGGCUCGCAUCAAGGCCAUUAACACGUUCUUCGCUAAGAAUGGUUUUGGGGCAGACUCUGGGGUUUACUCGAGUCCAUCACAGUACUCGUCUCCAGUUUACCUGCAGCAGGUGUACCAGCCUCCACAGCAGUACCCGCUAUAUAGCCUACUGCCCCAGACGUGGACGCCUUCACCCACCCCAUACUUUGAAACGCCACUGGCUCCAUUUCCCAAUAGCACAUUUGUUAAUGGCUUUGGCACAGCAGGAAACUACAAAACUGGCACUUCUCCAAUCAGCCUUACACGCAACUACCCCCGCAACCGACUUCCACUUUAUUCCAGAAAGAACGUAAUCAAUGCUUUCAGGAAUCAUGUAAAGCCUCGUGCUGAUGUGGGUCAGCUAACUGAAACAUCAUCCGGUGCUGGCAGUCCACAGCCCCCAUGCACCCCCUCUUCAGACAGCAACGCCUCCACCCUCACCCCACUCUCUGAACCACCCACUUCCCCCAGAGAGAACCAGCACUCUGACCUCUCCAUCAGCAGUCGAGUCAGGAGAGGAAGCUAUCGUGGCAUGAGGAGGAGGAGAGAAGAUGAAAGAACGAGGCCGAAUGCGGAAUUGGAGGUGAAAGCUCCAUCCCCAAAGUUUGACCUGGCAACCACUAAUUUCCCGCCUUUGCCAGGGGGGGUGUCGGGGCAUCUGCCAAGUGUGACCUUGCAAACAGAGUCUGUGUUGGAGAAUCGCAUGGCAGAUGUGGUUAAGGGCAUCAGCAAGCCAGAAGCAAGUAAGCAAGAGGUCAGUCAAGAUACUGGAACGUGUCAAGGGGAAGCACAGACAACCGGACCCUCAGUUCCAGCACUGAAGCCUCCCACCACUAAAGUGGAUCCACCUGUAGCUAGUGUUAUACAUCAAGUGAAGAAACCAGUGCUAGAGGUUCAGAAUGCUGUCACGCUUCCAGAUGCUGCUGCAGCAGUGACCGUAAACCACGUCCAGCUCAUUUCCGCCCCCAAACCUACAUGCAGCCAAUCAACUCCAAGCACUGCUUCUACCCCACCUCUUCCAACAAGCACAAUUGUACAGGAGCCUCGCAAGCUGAGCUAUGCAGAGGUGUGUCAGAGGCCACCCAAAGACCCUCCCCCUGUCCCAGUUGCCCCGCCCAGCCCCACACCCUCUCCUUCUCCCACCCCAAACCAACCACUACGUGAACUUCGUGCCAACAAGGUGGAUGGUCCAGCCUCAUCCCGCUGCAGCCCUUGGGACAAAUUAGAGAAAGGUGAGAGUCGGACGUCCAGAGAGCAGACUGGAUACCAACGUGGUAACGGCUCAAGAGGGUCAGGAUUUAAGCUCAGAGAGCAACAGAGACGACCUCCACAGGGUCGACGCUGCUCUCCACAGUCGGGAUACAACAGACGCAGUGGAAAAGAACAAAACAUCCCACCCAGAUCGCCAAAGUAAUGCCUCAUGCCCACAACAUGUGCACACUUGUGUGUAUACCUAGAUACACAACUUUUUUUUAUAUAUCUAUACACCCACAAAGCGAGUAUAUAAAUCUAUAUAUAAAUAUCUAUAAUCUACAUAUGAAAACUGGACUAUCGCACUGUGGUGUUGGAAGAAAUCUCGGCUUCCUGAAUGACUGAUAUCUGGGAAGUUGAUCCUUAAAGAAAACUAGGAAUUUACAGAAGAUGAACAACCUCUUAAACUUGAAAAGAGAAACGGAGGCCAUGCUUCCUGUAUUGUCUGUGAUUUUUUUUUUUACAGAUUUAUUUAGCUUGUGAAUGAGUUUUGAUUUUUACUUGGAGUGUUUAAGGUCCUGGCACUAGUGUACAAUGCUGUACAUUUUUAAAUAUAUUCCUUUUUUUAUUAUCUAUAUAUGGUGGUAGUGCUGUUGGUGAAAUCAAGCCAACACCUGUUUUCCACAUGGAACAGAUCAUACAAAGACAAAACCUGUCAACCCACAGGUCCAUAAAUCACUGUUGUGCGUUCCAGUGUUUGUUUUUGUUAUUUUUUAAGUGGAAGCAAUUCCAAGAGUUGCUGAGGACAUUUGGAUUCAAAUGUACUUUUACAAAUUGUAUAUUUGAAGUACAGCAACUCAAAAUAGUUAAGCAUUUUGUUCUGUCAAAGUAUCCACAAGAUAUUUACAAAUAUUGAUAUUGGUUCCCUUAAUCUAGCUCAGACAUAUCAGUCGACUUUUGAUUUAUUAACAAAAAAAAGCUGUUAACAUGUAAACUGAGUUAACUCCAUAAAGAACAUGGAGUUGUGUAAAAUGAUGCGUAUAGCAUUUUCAUAUUCAUGCCUAGCCACUUUUUGAGCCGCUCUUCUGGAAGUAUUACAGUGUUAUAAGCCAUGACCCAAACCAACAAAUUUUGAUGCAAGAAAUUGGACAAAAUAAGAGCAUGUACUUAAUGGCAUUGAUGAGGGAAAGUUGCUGAAGUUAAUUUGCAAAAUAUGUAUGCGUGUGUGAAGAAAGCUAGAUUAAUUCAUUUGCCACACUUUAUCACAGUGGGAAAAAAGCAUCCUGUCGGUGCAUCCCUAAUUGAAGUUUAGUAUCAGCUUCACCAUUAAAAUGUUAAGUUAUGUUAGUAAAUGUUUUUUUUUUUUUUUUUUUUCUCCCUCUGCAACAUGAGUUGCUCCCCGUAUGCUCUUAUCAAGUUACUUACUAUAAUCAACUUUUAUACAAUGCUCACAACAGGUACAAAAUUCAUGUUUUUCAAAUGGGUGCAUCCAUUUUUUUGUAUUUUUUCUUUUUUAAAGCAAACUUAAAUUUUAUAUUUGUUUACCACAAACACUUUUAGUCCUACCAGGAAAACCACCAUUGGUGCAAAUCUUAAGGGAGCCUAUGGUGAAUUAUUUUAGCCAUUCAUGCGCCACUCUGUAUGACGAGUCUAAAUAUUUAGUCAUUGCAAACAGCUGUAAGAUUGGAGAAUUUACUGUAAGGAUUGUUUGGGAAUCCUGUCGAUAUGUGGCAUGGAGUUUCAGUUCUAUGAUUUGUAAAACAGUGAUUUCUUAAAGUCUGUUCUAUAUGCCAUUUCAUCAAAAUUGCUUUGUAAUUGAAAUUGAGUUAUGAGUUGCCUGUAGGAUCUCAUCACCAGUCUUAAACUGGGAGAUCGGUUUGUUCAGACGAAGAAGGAAAAGUGUAGGUUUGAAGGGCCGAGUGAAGCUGAAUGAAACAUUUGUCAUGACAAAUGGAUGGAACAGUGCCAGACAUGCAUUGAACAAAAGAUUCUGACAGAAACCAGUGGUGUAUAUUUAAGUUUGUUUCGAGUUGAGAGUGUCGUGCUGUUUAACGUCUGUGAUUUUUGUCCAGUGAUUUUUGAAUGCUGGGUAUGUCAGUAACGAAGAUCAAGCUGCUUUUAAGCUGAAUGAAUGAACUCCAAUCAUUCAAACAGAUGAGCGAAGCCACUUUUUGUCUUCCUUUGCUUAUUUGGAGUGAAAGUCUUGUUAAUGUUUUUAGAGGUCAGGUUGUUUGUAUUGUCGGCUCUUGACUGAAUAUCUAUUUUCCGUCUGCUGUAGAUGCUGGUGACAAAUAUCAGGUUGGAUCUCAGUUAGUGCUGCUUUGCUGUUCAUGUCCAGUUUGUGAUAUUGAGUUUGUCUUUUCUAUGUUUUCUUUCUGUUUGUUUGUUUAAUAAUUUUUAUGUGACACUUACAUUUAUGCCUGAACAUUUCAGGUAGGAUUACAUGUAUUAUACCUGCUACAGCACUCAUCAUUUACCUGUGUCAUCUAAUCUCAUGUCGACUUUGGUAAAAGAGGGAACUCAGGACCUCAGAGAAUUGAUGUGUAUGACUGCUCAUUUUGUCCUGUGGACUUUCUGCAGGAUUUUUAUUUGUUUCUUUUCUUGAAUUGUAGCCUUUUGAGUUCAGUAAUACUUUUUAGGGGUCUUAAGUUUCAGUUAAUGAUGUAUAUUGAAUGUUUAAUCGAUGACACUGUAUUGCAUGAUUCUCUCCUCAAUUUGUCGUCCUUUUCUUGACCUGUUUUGCAUCUGGUAUAAAAGGAAUGGUUCACCCAUAAAUGGGAAAAUUACACUAGUUUACUCUCCAUCGAAUCAUCCUCUGUGUAUAAGACUUCUGUUCUGUCAGACCAACACAGUAGUUUAAUUAAUAUUCUGGCUCUUCAGUGCUGUUUAAGGAGUAGUGGCCUUUUGCCAAAGGUUUCAAUUGUAUAAAUGGGUUGUAAAACUAAAACACAAGCAUCAGGUGAUUAAUGCAUGUCUUAUGAAGUAGAUUGAGUUGUUUUUGGAACAAAAGUAAAUGGAGACCAAGGUCUGCCGAGAAAGUGUUGUGCGCAUUUGGCAGUCACAGGAAGUCAGAUAUGAGAUUAGAAUGUAAAAAUUGAAAAUAUUGGAGGAUUAAUACAAGUAAGUUAUAGGGUUGUUUCCUAAUUUGGGUGAACUAUUCCUUCUAAGGUGUUUUUGUUGAUCCAAUCACAAGCGGACAAGUGUAAAUGGAAGGGGAAAAAUGUGUCAUUCUUGUUCACUUUCAACCAAAUGUGGUCAAGCUCUGCUUACUGACCUAUUUCAUAAACCUUUAUAAAAAGGGUUGUUCAGUUGCACUAUCGCAAUGAGGUUUUGCCAUCUGAAAGUUAGUGUGGUUUGAAAGUGACUUUUUUUUUUUUUUUUUUUUUUUUUUUUUUUUUUUUUUUUUUUGAAAUUGCAAGAGCUUCUUUCUGAUUUUUUUCAGAUCAGAAAAAGCCUAUGAAUGUUUUUCCCCAGAGAAACCUUACUUACUCAAAGACGUUAGAAAAGUCAUCUGAAGCAGACAGGGAUUGAUUUAAAACUACUAGUGUUAGUGCAAAUGUCUACAUGUCUUUGAUCAACCAAAGCCUCUUAAUACCAGGUGAAAAUAGGGUCUUAGUCUCAUUCACAUUUAUGGAUGGGCUGUGCACAAAUCCAGACCAAAGUCAAAUCAGCUGAGAGACAAUCUCAGGAAGUGCUGUGUAAAUGCAGUAGCUCCUCUCAUCGUUCUGCCAUGGGCAGGGCCACUGUUUAAUGAAUGAGUGGUUUUCAUUUAGAUGUUGAACAAUGUACGCGUUUUGAGUUUGUGUGUGUGACCUUAUGAAGGUGUCCUAAUGAAUAUAUAUUUUUUUUCAAAAUCCCCUUUUUAUUUGGCUGUUGUAGGAAAAACGAAAGCAUUGGAGGGAACUUUCAUGCAUCAGUUUUAAUUUAUUUCAAGUUGUCUUGUUUAACUCUCAGUAGUGUCUUUCUUGCCCUAACGUUUGUUUGCUUUAUUAGUUUGAGAUUUUUUCAGACUUAUUUUCUAUAUUUGGCUAUAUUAUUCAUGGGCGCAAACUAUGUAGAAACUGCGCCACACAAAUGAUUAAAAAUCAGUGGACCUGGUUUUUUUGUAAUUCUUUUAUCUGAAUUAAUGGAUUUGAUUCAUAACUGGUUGGUGAAAUGAAAUGUGUUGCAUUUUGUUGCUAAUCUUAUAUCCUAUGUAGGCUGUAAGCUUUUUAGACAUGAAAGGGUACAGUUACGAGUAGCAAGUCUUUUAGCCCAAAAACAAAACAAAAAAACAGAAAAAAGACAAGUUUUUGCCUUUUCUUUUAAUUCUAUAGGGGUUUAGGUUCUGUUUCGGAACAGAAUUGACAUAGCAACUGCUGAGUGAAAUGUUUUGAAUGAUAUUAUUAGAUGUUCAAUGAAAAAUGCUAAGGAGAAAUGGAAGAAAAAAAUAAAUGAUAAAAUGACU